ACUGACUCACAAUUUUCACUCACCUGACCACAAACCUUGAAUACUGUCGUGAUCAUUGAGUUGGGAAAUUCCUGACCCUGGCGUCUGGGAUAAAUGGUCCUCUGGGAAACGUGUGACAGAGUGAAUUAGAUCAGACUCUUGAGGACUCAUCAUGCAGGUGUUCUACUCAAGUGAAGUCGGGGACCGCGGGACCUGGACUGCAGCUUGGUCUUCAACGGUGACCUUUCUUAUUUUGAUCCCUCACAUUUGUUGUCAGCAGCCGGUUAACUGCAGGUGGCAGUCCUACAGCGACUGGAGUGAGUGUGACGGCUGCACCAGAACAAAGGUGCGCACUCGCCACAUUGAGGUGUACUCUCAGUUUGGGGGGAGACCGUGCUCAGGUGAUGCCACAGAAUCUCAGCCAUGCUCCCCUGAGAAGGGCUGCCCCCUCGACACUGGCUGUGGCGAUCGCUUCAGGUGCACGUCAGGUCACUGCAUUAGCCAGUCUCUGACUUGUAACGGUGACCAGGACUGUGACGAUGGAGUGGAUGAGAGACACUGUGAUAUAAACAGGGACCAAUACUCAUGCGACAUCGAUAAAACACCUCCUAACUCUGAACUCACCGGCCGAGGCUACGACCUACUGACAGGUAAACUGAGGGCUGGUGUCAUCAACACCUUGAGCUUUGGAGGGCAGUGCCGGAAAGUGUUCAGCGGAGACCACCUGGUCCAGUUUAGACUCCCACAGAGCAUCCUGAGGUACACCUUUGUGGUUAAUGUGGAAAAUGAAGAGAUUGAUGAAUCGUACGACAGCUCCUGGUCAUACAUGCAGCAUGUCACCUCCAACGCCUUGGCAGGCCAUGACUAUCGCACCUUCCACCAGGAGUUAACAGACAAGCAGGCUCACAAACUCAUCAUCCUGAAGAAUAGAGUGAAGCUGGCCCAGUUUCAGAACUCUGCACCUCAGUACCUGACACUGUCUGAAAGCUUCUGGAAGGCUCUGUCGUUACUGCCGAUCACAUAUGAUUACUCGGCAUAUCGCCAGCUGCUUCAGACUUAUGGCACACACUAUCUCGCUGAGGGAUCACUGGGGGGUCAAUAUGAGGCUCUGCUGAAGCUGGACCGCUCUGUUCUGGAUUCUUCCAGCAUGACCAGCAUCGACUACCAGAGGUGUUGGAGAAAGGUCAAGCGUCGCUUCUUCAGGAAGAAAGUCACAACCGUCUGUGAAAAGCUCACACAGGCUCUCUCUUCCAGCAGUGGACACAGUAUGGAGAGCAUGCCCAUAGAUGUGAAGACUCGAGGCGGAGACCCAUCGUUCAUCAGCGCCCUCAGUGUUCUAAAUCUUGAAAAUCCAGAAGGGAACGGAGAAGUGUACGAUAACUGGGCCUCGUCUGUUAAAGACUUUCCUGACGUCAUUGACAAGAAGCUACGUCCUCUCUCUGAGCUGGUGAAAGAGGUCCAGUGUGCAGGGUUAAAGAAGCUCCAUCUCAAACGGGCUAUCGAGGAGUAUCUGUCCACAGAACAUCCGUGCCACUGUCAGCCCUGCCUCAACAAUGGGCAGCCGGUCAUCUCUGGCUCUCAGUGCUCCUGCUUCUGCCGGCCAGGAACAUCGGGCAAGGCGUGUGAGAAUGGGCAGGUCAUAGGCGAGCAAGCAGGUGUAAUACAUGGAAGCUGGAGCUGUUGGUCACCCUGGACUUCCUGCUCUGCCGGCCAAAUGUCAAGGUCUCGAAGCUGCAGCAACCCGGCCCCAAGCGGAGGCGGGAGGCACUGCAUUGGAGAGGACAGUGAUCGGAAGACUUGUGAGGAUGCAGAGAUUCAACAUUUACAGAUGAUGGAGCCUCAGUGUUUCAGUCUUUCCAUCCAACCACCAAAGACAUGUCACCCUCCUCCAAACCUCAGAAAUGGCUUUAUUUUGGACCCUAAAGACGUCUACAUGGUGGGCAACACAGUGGCGUACACUUGCAUUGACGGCUUCUAUCUCAGUGGAGCUGCUGUGGCAGAGUGCAUGGAGAACCAGACAUGGAAGACUCCGGUGAUGGUUUGUAAAAGCUCCACAUGUGAGAGUCCACGACUCAACAGUGAAAUAUCUGCAACUCCUGUGAAAGACGUUUAUCAGAUUGGUGAUAAACUAUCUCUGUCCUGCCCGGCUGGAUCUAUGCUCGAAGCGGAGGAACCGGACAUCAUGUGCAGUCCCAGUCUGCAGUGGUCUCCAUCCCCAAAGUCUGCUCAGUGUAAAAAAUCAGCCCCAACUUCUCCUCCACUUGAGCUCAAAUGUAAACUCUGGGAGAACGUUGGGCGAACACAGUGCAUCUGUAAAAUGCCCUCUCAGUGUUUAUCUUCUCUACAGCUGUGUGCCACAGUGGCUUCUGGUCGCUCCCUGAUUCUCAGUGUUUGUCAAGUGGGCGCGCUGAAGUGUUUGGGCCGAGGCGUCGUGCUGGCCAACGACAGCGACUGCAACUGGCCAAAGGAGGCGUCCUCUUCCUGUCAGGACUGCAAACUUGGAACUAUUUGUCAAGGUGGAGAAUGUGUUUGCCAGGACAAAUCUCAAUGCUCGGAAGAUUCCACCCCGCUGUGUAUCCGAACUGCCGCUGGCAUGGAGACUGUGAGCGAAUGCCGAGCUGCUGCCAGGAGGUGCUCCGGAGAGAGGAUUGCUGUUAUCAGUAUCGAUGCUUGCACAGACUCCGACCAUUAAGGUGAAUGUAGAUAACGAAAACGGUUUGCAACACUGUCUUGGAAACCUGAAGAAAAAAGGCCAUUCAAGUUGUGACUUUACGUUUGCUUUAUUGACAAGUAUUACGGCAAAAGUAGAAAACUACUGUACAUGUGAAGAAUAGCAGAAGAUAAUCGCUAAGGGUAAAAAAACAAAACUGGCAGGCAAAACGGUACUGGAUUUAUGAAAUGUGGACAUAGUGUUGUGAAUGAAGAAGGCUCACCUUCCAGCUUCAGCAGGAAGAAAUCAGUUUACCAAGCUCAUUUUAGAGAAAACAAAUAAUUCAGAAAUGUUUGGAGCGUUUUUUUUUCUGAACUUCUAAUUAAACAAAAGCACAAAACUAAUUAGUUUUUGUGUUCUUUACAUACCAAACGCAAAUGGUUUUAGACAAUAUCGUAUGCUGUGAUUUUUUUGGUUAAAAGAAAAUAAUAAAAUGAUAACAGAU